UAUUUGAAUGUCUUUGAUGGCUGGAAAGAACAGAGAUGGGUUUUAACAGAGGUUGUUUUCUCUCCAGGUCUCUCCAAGUCACUUGGUCUCAUUGAAGGCUAUGGGGGGCGUGGGAAGGGUGGCCUUCCAGCCACCCUGUCCCCUGAGGAGGAGGAGAAGGCCAAGGGACCCCACGAGAAAUAUGGCUACAACUCCUACCUCAGUGAGAAAAUCUCUCUGGAUCGUUCCAUCCCGGAUUAUCGGCCGACCAAGUGCAAAGAGCUGAAAUAUGGUAAGGACCUGCCCCAGAUCUCCAUCAUUUUCAUCUUCGUGAACGAGGCGCUGUCGGUGAUCCUGCGCUCCGUGCACAGCGCGGUGAACCACACCCCGGCUCACCUCCUCAAGGAGAUCAUCCUCGUGGAUGACAACAGUGAUGAAGAGGAGCUGAAGGCGCCGCUCGAGGAGUACGUGAACAAGAGGUACCCGGGGCUGGUGAAGGUCGUGCGCAACCAGAAGAGGGAAGGGCUGAUCCGAGCCCGGAUCGAAGGCUGGAAAGCUGCCACGGGCCAGAUCACGGGAUUUUUCGAUGCCCACGUGGAGUUCACUGCUGGCUGGGCCGAGCCGGUGCUUUCCCGGAUCCAGGAGAACCGGAAGAGGGUCAUCCUGCCCUCCAUUGACAACAUCAAGCAGGACAACUUCGAGGUGCAGCGCUACGAGAACUCUGCCCACGGGUACAGCUGGGAGCUGUGGUGCAUGUACAUCAGCCCCCCCAAGGACUGGUGGGACGCUGGGGACCCCUCCCUGCCCAUCAGGACCCCAGCCAUGAUCGGCUGCUCCUUCGUGGUGAACAGGAAGUUCUUCGGGGAGAUCGGGCUCCUGGACCCCGGCAUGGACGUGUACGGAGGGGAGAACAUCGAGCUGGGCAUCAAGGUGUGGCUGUGUGGGGGCAGCAUGGAGGUCCUGCCCUGCUCCAGGGUGGCCCACAUCGAGCGCAAGAAGAAGCCCUACAACAACAACAUCGGGUUCUACACCAAGCGCAACGCGCUGCGCGUGGCCGAGGUGUGGAUGGACGACUACAAGUGGCACGUCUACAUCGCCUGGAACCUGCCCCUGGAGAAUCCAGGGAUUGACAUCGGGGAUGUUUCGGAGAGAAAAGCGUUAAGGAAGAGCCUGAAGUGCAAAAAUUUCCAGUGGUACCUGGACCAUGUUUAUCCAGAAAUGAGGAGAUACAACAACACCAUUGCUUAUGGAGAGCUCCGAAACAACAAGGCCAAGGACGUGUGCCUGGACCAGGGCCCUCAGGAGAACCACACAGCAAUACUGUACCCCUGCCACGGCUGGGGGCCUCAGCUGGCACGUUACACCAAGGAGGGGUUCCUUCACCUGGGCGCCCUGGGAACCACCACCCUUCUCCCGGACACGCGGUGCCUGGUGGAUAACGGGAAGAGCCGCUUCCCGCAGCUCCUGGACUGCGACAAGGUCAAGAGCAGCCUCCACAAGCGCUGGAGUUUCAUCCAGAACGGUGCCAUCCUGAACAAGGGCACAGGGAGGUGCCUGGAAGUGGAGAACAGGGGAAUGGCUGGGAUUGAUCUGAUCCUUCGCAGCUGCACAGGACAAAGGUGGACAAUUAAAAAUUUCAUCAAGUAAAGGCUGAAAGGGUCAGGGGAGUGUGACUGCAACCACAGCUGACCUGGACUGACCCGACGGGACUCCUUUGGAAAGGAUGGAAUAUCGAAACAGAGCUUUAUUCAUGUUAUCAGGAGAGGACAUGGGGGUGAAAAAAGGGCAUUGCUGUCUUUCUUUUAUUGUGCUGUAGUCUCCCCCAGCUGAUUCCAGCUGUGUGAAAAGGGGGCAGAACUGCUCUUUCCUGCUGCAGAGCACUGGGGGAGGUGCCACUUGUUGCUGCUGGGACGACUGGAAUGAGCUCCUGCAGCCCUGGGAGCGUCGUACUGGCAGGGAAUGGUUGCUCUCCCAGACAACUCCAAGCCCUCCCAAAGGGCUGGGUAGGUUCAGGAUCACCCACCCUGGAUCCACAGGGGUGAAAACUUGGGGUGCACGUGAGAGGAAAAUGGUCACCAGGCCCCAGAUGAGAGGAGGUUGAAGGACGUGGUGUUUUGCUGGGUCUUUGCUCUCUUUUCCCUUCCUUGUCCCUGCAUCCAGGGAUGUCCCCACGUCCCUGAGAGCUGGAGAAACAAAACACACCCUUCAUCCCCCAACCCUUAAUCUCAGAAAUGCCACUGAAUAAACCCACUGAUCUCCCAUUCCCCUCCUCCCUCACCCACGUGUGGUUGGCCCAGCCCUGAGCAGCACCAGUCCCUCCCAUGGAGACCCGAGAAUCCCCUUGGGAAUGGAAUGAUGUGGGAUGUCUGCCUGCCUUUUGGAGACAUCAGGAACGGUAUUCUCCCCAGCUCUGUAGUGGUGUUC